CCAGUUGGACCUUGUGACGAUUCAUCGUCAGUUGAAUCUUUUAACGAUUCAUCUAAAAUUGGAUCUUUUAACGAUUCAUCGUCAGUUGAAUCUUGUAACGAUUCAUCGAAAAUUGGAUUUUCUGACUUAUUGUCUGAAGUUUGUUCGUCAGUUUUAACUUGCAAUGAAGGGAGAACGAGAAAGGCAACGAAUGCUGUGAGAAAUAAAAGUCUUCGAGCGUUCAUUGAGGUGGACAGAUUGGUGAAAAAUUUGCCUUCAUUUUAUAGACUGUUUUGCACCGUAAAUUUUGCAUCCAAUAAGAAUAUAGUGUUAAAUAAUUGUCCAUUUGAACAAUUAAAAUCUUGA